GGUUGUAGCGGGACCUUGCUGAAGACGAAUCAGAUGAAUAUCCAACAAACGACACACCCUUACUGCACCUUCCGGUGCCUCCAGAUGUGCGCGACCCACCCCGCGGCGCUCCCGCUCAUCAAGAUGAUUCAAGCGGUUGUACGGGACAUAUCUCGUAUAUAAGCAGCGGAAAGGCCGUCUUAUACAAGGCCCAACGGUCUUGCACACCUUUCGCCCGUCCUUAGCUCGUUCCACGAUGCUUCUCGUGCAGAUUGCGCUCGCGGCGUUGAUCACGUCCGCGUCUGCGGUGACGAUCACGGAUCCCGCCGCCUUCGCUGCAGAGACCUUCGACUAUGUUGUCGUGGGCGCUGGCUCUGCUGGGAUGACUGUCGCCGCACGCCUCAGCGAAGAUCCAUCAGUAAAAGUGGGCGUCAUCGAGGCUGGUGGCACCGCGCUAGGCGACGACAGAAUUGACGUUCCCGGCAUGUUUGGCGCCGGCCUGAAUACCGUGUAUGACUGGAACUAUACGACUAAGGCACAGCAAAAUGGCGUCCCAAGCCGCCCCUGGCCUAGGGGGCGGGUCGUCGGUGGCAGUUCCGCGCUGAACUUUCUGGUUUGGGACCGCGCGUCGCAGGCGGACUACGAUGUGUGGGAGAAACUGGGGAACGAGGGAUGGAACUGGGACAGGGUGGUGAAGUACAUCAAGAAGGCGGAGACAUGGACAGAACCCACUGCGGACGAGGAGGCCGCGCUGCACGCAAAUCCUGAUCCCUCGUACUUCGGCACGGACGGGCCCAUCCACGUCUCCUUCGGCAGCCACAUCUCAAAGGCGACGCAGUCCUGGAUCCCUGCUCUCGAGGCGCUGGGCAUCCCGCGCAAUGACAACCCCUUGAGCGGAAACAACAUCGGCGGAAACCAGUCUCCAUCGGACAUUCGCCCAUCCAACAGCUCGCGCGCCUACUCUGCCGCUGCCUAUUACUACCCCAACGAGGCGCGCGAGAACCUUGUUCUGCUCCCGGACGCUCUGGUCACGGGUAUCAACUUCGACACGACUGGCGACAGCCUCACUGCGAAGAGCAUUUCAUUCCAGAAAGGCGGCUCCUCAUACAACGUUACCGUCGCCAAAGAGCUCGUGCUCAGCGCGGGGACGGUCAACACGCCGCAGAUCCUCGAGCUUUCCGGGAUAGGCAAGGCCGACGUGCUAUCCGCCGCCGGCGUGCCCCAGCUGCUUGACCUGCCAGUCGGGGAGAACCUCCAGGAACACACGUAUACCUCUAUCGCCUUUGAGGUACCCAAUGGCACCGACACGCUUGACCGAGUGCGCAACGAUCCCGCGUGGCAGGCUGAGCAGCUGGCGAACUGGCGCAGCGGCGCGCCGAGUGUAUACGAUCAGGCCGUGCCAUCCCUUGGCUACGUGACCCUCUCGCAGCUCGUUGGCGACGCAAAGGCGGCUGAACUGCUCGCGGAUGUGCAGGCAUAUGUGGCGACGCAGACGGACUCGGUCUACUACCCGAUCAUGCAGGCGCAGCUGGAUCUCUUGGUGGACGAUACGGUUGGGCAGAUGGAGCUCAUCGCCAUCGAUGGGUUUUACGCUGCUAGCGGUGCGCCGGAGGCAGGAAAGGAGUACAUCACCUACCUUGCGGCUAACCAGCAUGCGUUCAGCCGAGGCUCCAUCCACAUCUCUAGCAAUGACGCGAGCACGUACCCCACUAUCGAGGCCAACUACUUCGAUGUGGACUUCGACCUCGAUGUCCAGACCGCCGGUACCGAGAAGAUGAUCGAGGUCGCGCGCGCAGGCCCUUACGCAGACUACGCCGGGGCGCAAGUGGUGCCCGCCCCGAACGUCAGCGACCUGCGCGAAUUCUCGAAGACGACGCUGAUGACUGAGUACCACCCCAUCGGCACGGCCAGCAUGCUCCCGAAGGACAAGGGUGGCGUCGUGGAUGCGCAGCUGAAGGUAUAUGGGACGACGAAUUUGCGGGUCGCGGAUGCGUCGGUCGUUCCGAUUCAUAUUGCGGCGCAUAUGCAGGCGACGGUGGUCGGGAUUGGAGAGGCUGCGGCGGACAUUAUUAAGGGUAUUGUAUGAUCUCUUUUGUCUUAAGGGCUCGCUAUCUAUGUAGGUUCGUUCUAUGCAUGAUGUUGGCUGACGGUGGAAUCACCUCAAGUUUGCGUGACC